AUGAAAUAUUUUGUCCAGAUGGCUGAACAGAUUUACAAGGAAGACGGAAUAGAAUUCAGGGACUGUGGAGAGAGGAAGACUGGGAUAGAGGAGUUUCUGGGGAGCAUGGAAUACACCAAGGUGUCUGAGACAGGGACUGAGCUGGAAUUUGAUCUAGUGAACUGUAAAGCACCACUAGCAAAUGCUCUGCGUCGAAUAAUGCUGGCUGAGAUCAGAACAGUCGCAUUUCAUGACGUAACAGUCAGCGUGAAUGAUUCAAUAUUCCCAGAUGAGUACGUGGCACACAGAAUUGGAUUAGUUUGCAUAAAGAGUGAAGAGAAAGAAAUUGUGGCAAAAUUGGAUGUAUCAAAUAGGACGAAAGAGAACAUGGAUGUGAUGAGUGAUGACAUUGUGUGUGAUGGACUGGUGAUAAAGAGUGGAAUACUGCUCUGUAGGCUGGCACCUGGGCAGAGUAUCAAGAUGGAAAUGGGAAUUGGAGGAGGUCGAGGAAGAGAGCACGCCAAAUGGUCUCCAGUGAGCAUGUGCAGCUACAGGCUGAUGCCAAGGCUUGUUUUAAGACGAGAAUUCAGGGAAGAAGAGGCAAAGAAGCUUCAGGGAUGCUGUUCCAAAGGAGUCAUAAAAAUAGUGAAGAAAAAGGCUGUUGUGGUUGAGCCAAGGAAGGAGACGAUGAGCAGGGAGGUUGUGAGGGUGUUUGGAGACGAUGUGGAGCUCUCUCGCGUUGAAGAUCACUUCUGUUUUAGGGUAGAGGGAAUUAUGGAGAAUGGGAUUGAGAUACUGAAACAGGGAAUUAGUGAAAUGAGAAAUAAAAGCAGAAGAAUAUUGCAUGAAAUUGAAUAA